AACUAUCAUCGCGAGAUUUGAGCAGCUGUUUGGUGUACUUUUUUUCUUUUAAGCCUGAUACUACUCUGCCAACACGUGGGGGAGAGAUUGACUUUGUACCUGGACACUUUUUCAAAAUCGACGUUUACACUGCGUUGUUCUCAUCGUGGCGACAUCAAGGGCCUUAAAAUACUUUCAGGGUGUCCCACGCCUACUGCCUGAUGACAGCUGGGAUAGCCUCCAACACGCCGGCGACCCCCAUGCGGACAAGCAGUGUAGCUGCUAGUGUCCUGAGGAGAUGCCUCUAAGGUUUCGCUCGAUUGUGCCCUACACACUACCAGGAGUCCUUGCACUGAUCGGCUGGUGGUGGUACACCUCGCGUAAAAAAGAGCGCCUCAUCAGCCAUGACGCCCCAGAUAACGGUCCAACUAAUGCAUCCCUGAGAUUGUGUCUAACAACGGGAACGGGGCCCAAUGGUGUGGUCGAGAAAGACACUGUAUCUACUACACACAACACAAAACAUCACUUGACCUGCAGAGAUCUAAAAGCCAGUAUAAACGAUGAGGAGCAAGAAAAUAUGUUCCAAAAUCAUGUUGAUGAUACAGACACAGCAUCCAAUAUGGGGCAGACUCUUAAGGAGACAGCUGUUGAAACAUGUGGAAUACAAGUGGAAGUUCAGAAACCCACAGUUUCAACUCUGCUGCCCUAUGAACAGGACGAGAGUUUCAAUGUAUCAGUAAAAGAUCAUGGAGACCUGAAAAAAAGCCCAGUACCCUCCUGUGGUUCAGAGGCAAAUCUGGAUCUAAAGAGAAAGUCAACGUCUGCUUCAGAAAUCACAAUCAAAGACAUGGUCUUGUCCUGCCAAGCCACCAAUAUUACCCCCUCAACCACUACGACGUCAGGGUGCCUUGCUGAUGCAGAGCGGCCUGAGCCAGAGGGUGAAGUUGCUCAGAGCCACACCACUAUGACAGCACAGGAUGAUGGUUGUGCGAUCAUACUCAUUGAAGCGCAGAGAGUGCUCUCAUCACAAUUCGAGUCUCGAGACAAACACAUUUCACAGCAAGAUUUAAAUAAACACAUUCUAACCAGCACACCCAACUUUCUGGUCCUGACUCCCAAAGCCCAAACUACAUCAUUGACAUCACAGGAAAUCCAGGUUCCCAGCCAUCAUGGUGAGGAGCAAGAUCUAGAAGUUCUGGCAGCUGGACUCAUAACGGAGGUCAUCUCAGCAGCCACCCAGCAGAUAUUUGGUGGCAUCAACUGCCAGGUUUCUGACUCAAGCCAGCAGUGUCACCAUCCUCGAUUGUCAACCCACCAUCAAACAGGCUGUGAGGAAACCCAAAACAAAGAGCAAGUGAUGCCCAAUGGGUCUUUUACUGACUCAUGGGAGUCUUUAGAGGUUAAUGAAUUAGUUCAGACAAACUAUACACAAAAAGAACCUAUGCCAAAACUGUCUCACCAAAUAGCAGACAGUAUACCUCUACUGAACAACGUUGUGAAAGGCAAUGAAUCAGCUACACAGACUGAGGACUCUGCUUGCAGCACCUGUCACUCAGAGGACGGCACCAGCAAUGAGAAUCACCAACAUAGUCUCAUGGACAGCAAAAUGGAUGUCUUCCAGAUUACAGACUUGUCAGAAAAAGAAGUAACAGACUUGUCAGAAAAAGAAGUAACACAAACCCAAUCACUUAUUGAGACACCCGCAGAUGAAAUUAUUUUUCCUUUGGCUGAAGAAAAUUCAGUGGAUGCUGUGUGUGGUGUUAAGAUGCUUGAUGGAAUAGACGUAAGGAAUGGAACGCAGGGAUGCGAAGUGGAAACAGACCAGUCUGGAGGCUCUGAUGUGAACAGUAUGGACUCUGUGGAUAGUGGCUGUACUAUGGGCGCUAGAGAAAGUUAUAGUACCCAUGCUUCCUCUUCAAGUUCUGAGCUAGUCAUCUGGGAGAUUGAAGUGCCAAAGCUUCUAGUUGGGCGAUUAAUUGGGAAGCAAGGAAGAUAUGUGGGUUUUCUUAAGCAGACCUCUGGUGCAAAGAUAUACAUCUCAACCCUGCCUUACACACAGGAGUUCCAAAUCUGUCACAUAGAGGGUAUGCAACAACAAGUUGACAAAGCCCUGUCUCUGAUUGGGAAGAAGUUUAAAGAUUUGGAUUUGACAAACCUUUAUGCUCCUCCACCACCACCCCUCACAUUGCCAUCACUCCCUAUGACUUCAUGGCUGCUCCUGCCCAGUGGUGUGACAGUUGAAGUGAUUGUGGUGAAUAUUGUAUCAGCCGGGCACGUCUUUGUCCAGCAGCACACCCAUCCUACUUACCAUGCCCUAAGAAGCCUUGACCAGCAGAUGUUCUUGUGCUACUCCCAGCCAGGCACACCCACCCUUCCUUCUCCAGCUGAAGUUGGUGUGAUAUGUGCAGCUCCAGCAGUGGAAGGAGCCUGGUGGAGGGCUCAGGUCAUCACCUUCUAUAAAGAAUCAAAUGAGGUGGAAAUAAGAUACGUUGAUUAUGGUGGCUAUGACAGAGUGAAGAUUGACUCAUUACGGCAAAUAAGGUCUGAUUUUGUAACAUUACCGUUUCAAGGGGCUGAAGUAUUGCUUGACAAUGUCGCUCCCCUCCCAGGAGAGGAUCGUUUUUCGUCCGGGGCCACAUCAGCGCUCGAAGAGAUGACAAGAGGAGUUGCAUUGCUUGCCCAAGUCUCAAAUUAUGAUAACAGUACUGGCCUCCCAUUGGUUCAUCUGUGGAACAUGGUGGAAGAAGACGUUAUUUCUAUAAACCGCACAUUGGCUGAGAGAGGCUUGGGUGUAUGGGUUGAUGGAUUUUGAGCCAUUGUCUGUUAAAGACAAUUCACUGGAUGAUUUUUGUUUUGUUUUGUUUUUCUCGUCCUGUUGUUGUUUGUUUCCUUUAAAAAGACAUUAAAAUAUUUUUCUGGCAUAGUCUUUGAGAGCAACACUGCUUCAAAAUAAGACAAACCUUUUUGGGUCAUUCACAAAUGAAAGGAAGAGGAACCUUGUACAUGAAAAAAGGGUCCAUAUUGUAAUUUAAAGAUCAACCAAUUUUUUUUUUUUUUUCUCUCCCCCAACUUUACCUUUUUGCACUGGGCUUUUGGACAUUGUAUUUUAAUCAUCAUGCUGUGUGGGCUCAUGAGACGUAUGUCAGACUAUGUAGGCACGUGAACUGUAAUUACCAACUCUGACAGCUAUAGGUCAGUAAAUUUCAAAAUUGUUUGGAUAAACGUUUUUUGUUUAGUCCAACUAUAAGGAUAAUGCGAUGAUGUUGCUAAGUCCAAGGGUGAGUCGAUAGCAAGCAGUCAAAGUCUGAGAACGGUCACCUGGCGACCAACAACAGUGCCGCCAGCUUAGACGAAAGCACAAGCUGGUUGUCCUACCGUAACAUUAUUCUGCCAACUUGUAUGACCACAAAAUGCUGUUCUCUGUAGAUUUGAGCUGCAAGCUCGCUGCAGACUAUCAAAGAAGCUCUUUUAUUCUAAUCACCCCCGGCCCCCUUAAUUCGAUGACAACACCACCAAAACCUAGUUUUGUUUCGUUUUAAGAAAGUAGUGGUUGUGCGUGUGGUUGUGUGUCCGUGUGUGUGCGUGCACACGGUAAUUAUCGGAGUGCGCCAACAUUCUGAUAUUAGUUACAUUCUGAUAAUAUUAGUUGAAAAUUGUUAUCAAAAGUGGCAAAAUUGUAGAAUUAACCUUUAAAGUGAAACAAAGGUCUUGUGCAUAACUUCAUUAACAUCACCAGAAAAAUUAAGUAAAGCACAAAUUUCAUAUAAUAGCAGAUUGGAAAACACUACAUGAGGAUUAUUAUACAAUUUGACUUACCCUAUUUUUCAGACUAAAAGUCGCUCCGGAGUACAAGUCGCAUCAACCAUAAAAUGCACAAUAAAGGGGAAAAAACAUAUAUGUCGCACUGGAAGAUAACUCGCAUUUUGGGGUAAAUUUAUUCGACAAAAUCCAACACCAAGAACAGGCCCAUAUGACGAUAUAUAAAUUAUAGAUCAAAUAACUAUUAUAUAAACAAUAUUAUCAAACCAUCUGUGUCACUCAUAAUCAUUAAAUAAAUCGAUCGUCCUUUAUGUAAACAAUGUCGCGUGUGUGCCACGCCGCCAGACUCGUCGUCAGUUGCAUUUCAAAUUAUUCCACAGGCCCGCUCGUAUAUUUAUAAACAACAAUUUUAUCAAAAAAAUCUCUGUCACUCCAAGUCAUUAAAUUCUGUAAUCGAGUCCUUUGUCCUUGAUGUAAACAACGCCGCGUGUGCGCCGCUGACAUCAGUUGCAGUUCAAAUUACAGUAAUCCCUUGCUACAUCGCGGUUCGUUUAUUGCGGGUUCACUACAUUGCGGAUUUUUGAAUUUUGAAAAUUUGUGAAUAAUUUCACAUACAAGUCGCUCCUGAGUAUAAGUCUCCCUCCCCCACCCAAACUAUGAAAAGAACCGCGACUUAUAGUCCGAAAAAUAGAGUACUUGACAAUAGAAUUCAAAUUUGAUAAGUGAUCUGCUUAGUUGAACUUCAAGAUCUUAACAGGUUAUAGUCAAUUAGUGAUAUAAUUCUGAAUGUGCGACACUACUAUUCAUAAUUGACUUUCUGUGGUCUGUAUUACUGUACCUGAAUGCAAGAUUUAUAAAUUUAUUGUGGCUGACAGGGUUAAUUGGAUUAAAACAAGGUUUCUUAUUUUGACUUUUGAAUGUCAAGUUCUCUCUCUCCCUUUUUUGUUUGUUUGUUUGUUUUCUUCAAUAGAAAACCUAACCAUGAAAUUACACUACUUAAAGACAACUUAUAUCAAGGAUGCGCUGAGGUAAACAGUAAUGACAAGGGAAUGAGAAUGACAUAGUGGGAAUUUUAACAGCUGGUUUUAUCAAACAAAACACUAUUCCAAUUUACCUAUAAUUGGACAUCGUGGAAAUUUCAACAGCUUUUUUUUAUUUUUAUCAAACAAAACUAUCUCAAUUUACCAAUAUACGUAUGUAUAUAUUUUUAGAAGUGUUUGCUAAAUGUUGCCCUUCGAAAUCCUAUCUAGUCUGUGUAGUCUUUCUUUUCUGAGUGCGUGUGACUGAGCAUGACUGAGUGAGGAAGCACGUAGGAGAGAGUGAGUGAAAAUUCAAACCGAAACUGGGAUCCGUGCACAUUGCAAAGGAGUACUUAAAACACAGAUUUCAGAGUUUUUGUUUGUUUUAACUUUUUGGUAACUGAAAUGUAGUCCCAUCUUUUUUUUGUUAAAGUUAAAAGUUAAAGUGAAAUGAUCGUCACACACACAUCUGGGUGUGGUGAAAUUUGUCCUCUGCAUUCAACCCAUCCCCAUGGGAUUUUAAUCCAUCCCCUGGGGGAGAGGGGAGCAGUGAGUAGCAGCGGUGCCGCGCUCGGGAAUCAUUUGGUGAUCUAACCCCCCAAAUCCAACCCUUAAUGCUGAGUGCCAAGCAGGGAGGCAAUGGGUCCCAUUUUUAUAGUCUUUGGUAUGAGGCCGGGGUUUGAACCCACAAGCUUCCAGUCUCAGGGCGGACACUCUACCACUAGGCCACUGAGCUGUGAGUUGAGGCACAUAUUGGGAAUAUGAAGGUGCCUCGGUAAUUAAUCUGCAACGUCAAUGUGGUGAAUCAGUGUACAUGCAGACAGCUUUUGGUGGGUUUGAGUGUAACGGCUUUUAGUCCUCCCAGGAGCCUGUCCUCUUAUCUGUAUCCUCAAUUAUAUAGUAAAUACUGUAGAUGUCUUCUCCUGUGAUGCAAAUUAACUUCCACCACACCUGAAUACUUACUUUGUUCUAUGUAAAUAAGAUACGACUAUUUUCUAUAACACUGAGAAAGAGUGGUAUUCGAAGGGGAUGACGGGUAUUUAUUGCUAUUUGGUCUGUUCUGGGUCAUUUUGCCUCAACCUUUCACUCACCCCUAUUUUUUUUUGAAGUUGUGUGACUGUUAUUUGGGGGUGGAUGCGGGGGUUGUUGUUUUUGAAUUGCUAAACAAGUCUCCAUUGGGAUAUUUGAAAGUACUGUGCCCAUAAGAUUUAACAUGUACAGAUGAAGUUUUUGCUAGGCUCAUCUUCAUUUUGAUUGUACUGUAAAGAUCUAUUAGGGAAAAAAACAAUAAAGGCUGUUUAAAGUGUAUAUAUUAA